GGCGGGAAAGAGGCAGCGAAGGAGGGCGAGAGGAGGACCGGCCGGAAGCAGCACCACAGGGAAGAACGGAAAGACACGAGGCCGGGAAAAAAGAGGCCCAGCGGCAAGGGCGGCCAACAGGAGAAAGGAAAGCGGGGGAGAAGGCAAAACAAGGGAGAGGCAGGAGAGGAAGAGGGGAGCGGGGCAAAAAGCGGGGGCAAGCGGCCCACACCAGCAAAGGAGGGAGCAAGGACGCAGGCAAGGACGGGGAGGAAGGACGGGGGCCAAGGGAGAGAAGCAGGAGGGAGGCCGGCAAGCGGGGGGCGGGAGGGGACAAGACACCAGACGCGGCAAGAACGCGAAGGGCGAACAGGGCCGGCAAAGGCGCAACAGGGGGGCAAGAGAAGAGGCCAACCGGCGAAGCAAGGGAAGGAGGGAAAGAGGGCGGCGCGGGAACAACAAAGGGCGGGGGGAACGACGCGGGGGCGGCAAGGAGCAGGAGGCAAGAGGCAAACGGGAAAAGCAGGGGGAAGGGGCGCGGGAGGGGGGCACCAAACGGAGGCCGGCCCAACGCGGCAAGAAGAACCGAGGGAACAAGGCAACAGGGCGGGAGGGGGCCGGGACAACCGCAAGGGAAGGAGGAGCCGGGCGCCAAGACAGAGAAGCCGGGAGGGAGGGAGCACCCAAACCGGAGCGAGGGGAACGCACAAGGGAACCAGGGGGGGCAGAAGCGGGCGAAGGGCAGCAGGAGAGACAACCAGGGCCGGCAAGACAACAACCGACCCAAAGCGCGAGCGCAGGGAGGAAGCGAGAAGAGAGGGGGAAAGCGCGGGCGACGAACACGGGGCAGGGGCAACAAGAAACACAACGAGGCCAACAAGAGACAAGAGCGAGGAGGCAAGAAACAAAGGCGAGGAGGCAAAACGGGGAAAGACAAAGGGGCCAACGAGCAACGACGGGAGGCGGGGGGAAGCACAGAGGGCGGGCAAACGACCCGCGCAAACAGGGGGGAAGCCGAAAGAGAAGGGAAGGGCAAGGAAGGGGGAAGGAGGGCGCGGGAAAAGAAGGGGGAGGGAAAGAAGGAAAGAAGGGCAGGAAGCAGGGCCAACAAGAAAGAGAAGGCCCAAGGGAAGCGGGCGGCGGGGCGGAGGAGGAACCAGGACCCCCAGGGCCGCAAGCGCGGGGAGAACCAAGAAGAGGAAACGCAAAGAAGGAGCGGGAGGAGACCGGGCGGGAAGGGGAGGCGAAGAAACCACGGGGAGAGGCGAGGGAAAAAGGACCGCGCGAGGCAAAGGGGCGAAAAGAGGGACGCACGAGGAAAAAGAAACGAAAGAAGGAAAGAAGGGAGGAAGGGAAAGGGCAAGAGAAGGGCGCGAGGGCGAGGCAAAGCAAGCGGCCGGAAAAGGGCAAAGACCCAGGGAGGGGGACGAGGCCAGGCAGGAGAAGGGGGGGGAAAGGGGAAAAGGCGAGGGGAGAGGGAGGAGCGGCGAGGAAGGGCAGGCCAGAGGCGGGGGAGGCGGCGGGAAAGCGGGGACCCCGGAAGAAAGCGAGGAGAAGAAGGCAAGGGCGGAGGGAGCGACGACAGAGCCGAGGGGGGGGUUGGCGAAGGAGGAUGGUGA